AUGGAUAAAACCUCACGUUUUAUCAAUAAUUUUCAACUAUGGUUUCGCGGUACUUCAUGGAAAUAUAGUCCCGUGACAUCAAAUAAUUCUAUAUCAAAAUCAGAAUUCACAAGAGCAUUCACAAAAAGUCCAAAAAAAUUAUGCAUUUCAAUAAUUUUAAUAAAUUUAUUUAUAAUAUCUAUUGCUUUAAUAGUAUUAAAAACUUCUUUUAGAUUUAUGGAAAGAAUGAUUGAUGGUGACGGAACAUGUAUAUUACCACCAUGGAAACCCAUUACGCAAGAUCAAUAUCCAAUCGAGGUCAUACCGGGAAGGACAAUUGCAAAAAUCAUACACGAUCCUUCUAACGGAGAACAAGAGAUUGAUGUAGAGUGCGAUUCGGCGUAUCAAUAUCAUUUUCCAAGUAUGAGCAGUGGAAAAAAAUUUGAAAGUUGGGAUCAAAAGAAAAAUGGACUUUUAAAAUUUGCAGAAGAUGGGGAACGCCAUAAAAGGUUGGCCACUAUAACUUUAAUGGAUACACAUAAUGCUGAUCUUAAUUUAAUUGGUCUGGAUAAAUCCAUGGUAAAUUUGUUAACAAAAUUAUUAAUUGGUAAAGGAAAUCAACCACCAUUAUUGGAUGAAAAUAGGUAA